AUGAAUAUUUUCGCUUUAACUCUAUUAGCCUUCUAUUUUAAGAUAGGCUAAGAAAUAACAAUAGAGAGUAAUUCAAAAGCUACAAAAAUUGAUAAUUGCCUUCAAUCUGAGAAUGGUAAUUGCCAACGUUGCGAUUAGACAUAUUUUUUAUUCCCAUUGCCGUAAGAUCACAGCGAUUUAGGAUUAAAAGCAGGAACAAUUAUAUGUGUAGAAUGGUAAGAUAUAUUGAAAAUACAAUAGUCCAUAUUAAAAAUUCAAUGAAGCCAACAAUUACUAUUGUGGAGAUUGUUUAGAUAAUAGUUAAUCAUGGUAUAUAUGAUAAGUAUGUUAGGGAUAAAUCUAGACUUUGCACUUAUGACUAUAAGACAAAAUCAACAGGCACAUUAUCUGUAUUUCACAAAAUAGAUAGACAUACAAAGCAAUUAUUUUAUGUCACAAAGAGUGGUUUAACAAGUGUAAAUUUAAUAAGAUUUUUAUUUAGUUUACUACACAAGGAUGUGAUGGAUGUGAACACUUUUGUAAAUCUUAAAAUUCAACAUGUUUUCAAGUUUAAAAAUAAUAUUCUUAUGAUUUGAAUAAUAUGUACAUAAGUUGUGCAGAAGGAUAUGAAUAUAGUGAUGUAGUUGGAGGAUGUGAUCCUUGCCCUGAUAAUUGCAAGUCUUGUUAAAUAAAUACAUAUAUCAAAACAGAUGAUUCAGGUAAGACUGUUAUGGAAAUUACAAAGAAUNUAAAAAGUAGUGGGCCAGAAAAAUUUAUGUUUAACUUAUACUUUGA